AUGACGCCUGUUGCCUGCACGUCUCUCUCUGAGUACUUGACCUCCACCUUCAACCCGUACGUCGCCAACGUGACGGCGGCGGCAAUGUUGUGCAGCGAGGUGUUGUGUCAGUGGAAAGGUCGCUGCGUCAGGAAGAACUACGAGUGCGGCCGCUACCUCCACCUGAACCCAGAGCGCUUCAGCAUCCUGCGAGCUGACAGGAAGUACGUCGCUGUCGGGAUUCCCUCCGAAGACGACCUGAAGAUGUGGGAGGAGCACUUCACCUGUCAGUGCUACGCUGGAGAGAGCUGCACCCCCAAACUGGUGAUUCCCACCAAAAUCAAGCAAAUCUGGGUUUAAUCGGUUAAAUGCUUACAGGAUAAGGCCUCCUGAUGAUCCACAGAUUUCAUUAUGUAGUCAUUUAAUCCUUAAUUUGAUAAAAGUAUGCCCUGUACAAACAACAAAGUAAUACAUGCUUUUCUGAAAACAACAUAUUUUCUUUCAUUUGCUUUAUAUUAUCAGAAUUUGGCCUCUUGCUUAUUUACAGAUUGUAUUAUGUAGUCAUUUAAACUUCCAUUUUGUCUUAAAUUUGAUGGAAUUGUUCCUUCAUCUACAUUAUACCAUGAGUAAUCUAUUUAAAACAAAUAUUUAUCUAAUGAAUACAAUGAAAAAUAUAAUAUGGAGAAUAUUAAAAUUUAGCAUUUUUUAUUUGUGACCUUUGUGGGCUUUCCCAUUUCAGACACAAUACUGAUUUAUUGGAAUUGAAAACUAAAAUGCAGCCAAAUAAAAGAUUUUCCAGAAUCUA